AUGAGAAAAAUUGCACCUUGGUUUGUCAUACUUCUUCUCACAAUUCUGAAUAUAACUCAUGGGUAUAACAUAAUAGUGAAUAAUACAAAAUUUUUAUUCAAUAUUAAAAAUGCGAAGGUGGACAAGCAGCACACUUACAAAUGGGAAAACUUGAACGAAGAUGGAAGAAAACAUGAAUUCAAAUUACCUGAUUGGUCAGGUGAUAAUUGUACACUGGAACAAGCCAAAGCCUUUUUUGAAAACAGGUUGGAAGAUGAACCAAGUGAUACAAGAGGUGAUAUUAUAACCGAUUUUAAGAACAGGUUUGUUGAUGAAGACAAUCAAAAUGGUUUUCUUAACGAUGGGAAUCAUAAUGGAAAUCAGGGAAGUGGUGAUGGUGAAGAUGAGAGGAUUAAACUAUUCAAUCUUGCAAUGGAAUUGAAAGAAGGAUCAAACAACAGGAAGCCAAAUAUUAACAAGAGCAUAAGCAUAUUUGAGAAAUUAAUAUUGGAAAAAAAAAAGGAUAAAAUAACAUCUUCGUCCUACUAUGAGCUAGGAAAAAUACACUUUAUAGGUUACAAGAAUAUUUUCUUUUGUUAUAAGAGAAAUUUAAAGUUGAGUAUUUAUUAUUUGGAGAAGGCUAGUCAAAUGAGAAAUCCAGGUGCUUUGCAUUUCUUAAGUUUUAUAUAUUUUUUCGAAUUUGAUAAAGAGGUGGAGAAGCAGGGACAAGGGCAGGCACAUAAUCAGAGGCAGACAGAGGGAAGUAAAUCUGAUCGUGGUUCUUCCCCCGACGCAGAUGUAGCUACAGAGGGAGGUAUAUUUAAAGAUGAAAAUAAUAAGAAAAGAAAAAACAUGCAUAUGGAGGAGAGAAACACAAAAAGAAAGGAAAUAUCCAAAGGAAAAAGUGAUCAUUUUAUACUACAUAAGCAGUACAAACCUAGUGAUCCUCCAACGAAUAAUAAGAAAUCGAUGAAUCCAUUUUUAAAAAGCUCAAUUGAGUAUGAAUUUUUGGCAUGUGGACUUAGCUAUACCCCAUCUGUUUUAAGUGUAGCUUACAAAUAUUUAUAUGGAAUAAACUUAAAAGCAAAUUGUGAAAAAUCCAAGAAUUAUUACAAAAUGGUUGCUGAUAAAGUGAUGAAUUCAGAUUACAUAAAUGUUCCUCUAUCUGAAUUGGACAUUUUAAAUGUGGAAAAUUUAAACAUGCACAAUGAAAUUAAUAAUUUGAAAGAUAAUGAGGAAGACAUUUUAGAAUUUCUAAAUGAUCAGAUAAAAGGAGGUGAUGUUAUGGCUUUGUAUGACUUGGGUAAGAAAUAUAAGGAGGAAAGGAACUUCACAAAAGCCUACGAAUAUAUUACAGAAGCGUCAAAAAAAAACAACGUACUCGCGCAGAAGGAACUUGGCAUUAUUUACCUUUACGGCUAUGGGACUCAGAAAAACAUAAAAAAGAGCAUCGAAAAUUUUACAAAGGCCGCUGCCGCUGGAGAUGUUGAAUCCAAGUGUUAUCUCGGAUAUAUCUACUACUUCAUGGACGAACACAGAAACGUAAAGCUAUCUAUCAAGUACCUUGUGGAAGCUGCCAACCACGAUUAUGGAGAAGCCUUUUUUUUUUUAGCUGAAAUUAUAUUGGAUUUGUCGAUAAAAAAACAUUACAUCUCAGAUGCAGUAUACAGAAUCAUAUUUAAACUUUAUGAACAUGCAGCUGAUUUGGGCUAUGUUCAGGCAUAUUUCAGAGAGGCACAGUUGUACGAAAUAGGAAAGGGGGUCAAACAGUCUUGCCUGAACGCCACACUAUCAUACAAGUUUGUUGCAGAAAGUACCUUAUGGACAAACAAAAUUAGGGAAGGAAUGAAUUACUAUAUACAAAAAGAUUACAUCAAGGCUUUCUACACAUACGCGUUGGCUGCUUAUGAAGGAUAUGAAGUUGCACAAAGCAAUUUAAUUUACAUUUAUAAGAACAACAAAUUAGAAAAUUUGAUAAGUCCAGAGAAAAUUAUGCAGCUAUUGCAUCUGUUGUAUAAACAAGGGAAUUAUAAAGCACUAUACGAAAUUGGUAUGAUUUAUAACAAACAGAAUAAAGAAAAUAUAUCGAUCAGUUAUCACAAGUUAGGAUUGAAUAAGGGUGAUUUACGAAAUCUUCUUCCUUUGUCUGUUUAUUAUGAGAAAAAUAUGAACCCCGACAGGGCACUGAAAUAUCUCAACUAUUUUAUGAAACAGAAAAAGCGAGACAAGGUCUCCAACAACACCAAGGUUGAUCGAAUAAGAAACAUUUUCGAAAGUUCCCUGUUGUACUUUCGUAAGUAUAAGUUACUUUUCAAAAAUUUUUUCAGGGCUAAACAAAAAAAGGGAAACAUAUGA